CUGGAUUCCUUGCAGAAAGAAAGUGUGCCUGGAAGCCCUAUCAGCUUUCUUCUGCAAUGAAGACCUGGCUCCUACUCGUGCUGGCAGGCGUGGCCUGUAUCUUGGUAGCUGGAGCUUUAGCUGAUGACGAUGACAGUAAGGAUGACACUAAGGACGACAGCAGAGGCAACAAUGAUGAUGGCGACAACGAUGACAAGGAUGACAAAAGUGACAAUUAUACUUUAGCCGAUGAUGACGACAGUAAGGAUGACACUAAGGAUGACAGCAAGGAAAACAGCAAGGACGACAGCAGAGGCAACAAUGAUGAUGGCGACAAUGAUGACAAGGAUGACAAAAGUGACAAUGAUUAUCUCAAGAUAAAAACAAAGGAAAAAUGCAUAAAAGUUGGCAACAAAAAUCUGUGUCGUCCAGCAUAACAGACCUACUACAAUAACUGGCUACAUACUUUAAGAGAUUCUGAGGGGAAAAGAG